AUGGCGGGAGACAACCAACAUUUUUGUCUGCGCUGGAACAACCACCAGAGCACGUUGAUCAGCGUAUUCGACACGUUGCUGGAGAGCGGCACGUUGGUCGAUUGCACGUUGGCGGCUGAGGGUCAAUACCUAAAGGCCCACAAAGUCGUAUUGUCGGCAUGCAGCCCAUACCUAGAGCUUUUACUAAGCCAACAUUAUGAAAAGCAUCCGAUCGUCAUACUGAAGGACGUUAAGUUCCAAGAACUAAAAAGUAUGAUGGAUUACAUGUACAGGGGAGAAGUUAACAUUUCCCAAGACCAGUUAAGCACGUUCCUGAAAGCUGCAGAAUCUCUGCAGAUCAAGGGUCUGACUGAUGGUGGCGGCAAUGAAGACAGCGCAGCCUCUUCAGCACCGGCCAAGGCACCCGCUGCCGCUCCGGUCAGAAAGCCAAUCCAGCAGUCUGUCACGCGUGGUCCAUCUACAGUAGCACAGGGUUUAACGAUAGAGAGGAGGCCAGAAAGUCCACACAUCAGGUCUCGUGAUGAUAGUGCCUCACCUACUAGAAAACGCAGGCGCAACCAGCGUAGGCCGUCGACAAGUGACGAUCCUGACAGUCAUAUUGAUACAAGCAACUCCUGUGAUGUACCGCCCCUUCAGUCCGGAGCCCUGAGCGGCGUCGGUGUUCCUAACAUUCCUGCCACCAUAACCAAAGGUGCGCCGUUGGAUGACGGUGAUCAUGAGACUGAUAACAGCCGCAUCAACAACCACGAUGCAUCAGCUGCUGAAGGUGUGGCAGGACCAAAGAUCGAACCGACUGGUGAACUGAUUGAACCUAAGACUGAGUAUUUGGAAGAUAUGAACAACGAAGACAGUAUAGAAGACUUGACAUUGGAUGAUGAUGACGAUAUGGACAACAGUAUGGACAUGUCAAGAGCUGGACCAUCACAUGACAACUCUAACCAAAGUUUUAAUCAAUGGCCGAUGUCUGGAAACCAAACGGAUGAAGUGUUUAUGAAUGCACAAGAAGCAGUUGGAGCUCACAGGGAUACUCAAGGUAAGACUCGAUUUAAAUUGUACGGCUUCUGA